AUGUUUCGUCGGGCUCGUCUGCCCUUGCUUCGACUGGCCUAUUCGCUUCCAAUCAGAAGAUGGAAUGCGCCUUGCAUCGUAACUCGCGGAGCCAAAACCAAGAGCACUAUCAAAUUUCAGGAACUACCCCAAGGUCCUCUUGCGCCUGCUCCGCUUCCUGCGCUUGACGACAAUCCAGAAGAUCAGCUUCCCGCCUACCCGCGUGUCAUACAACAACAUUUGAAUCAUGUCAGCAAAUUUAGCGGCUGUGUUGUACUUACCCGCAUAGGCAACUUCUACGAGCUCUAUGGCGAGCAAGCCGAGGAAUAUGGCCCUCUCCUCAAUCUGAAAGUCGCUCAAAGGAAAACCGCCCUAGGCCCUAUCGCCAUGGCAGGCUUCCAGUACACUCAAUUGGAUCGUUUUCUGAAAUCUCUUGUUCAAGGGUUGGAUAAGCAUGUCGCCAUCAGUGACGAAGUUCGAAAUUCUGCCGCUGAUCAAGUCAAGAACGGUGGUCUGCUCUACAAUCGGAAAGUGUCUCGCAUCGUCACCGCCGGCACAUUGGUCGAUGAAACCUUCAUGGACCCCUUCGAGAACAACUUCCUACUGAGCAUACAUGCCAGUCUUGACACGACAGACAUCAUGUCGACACCACAGGACACAGACGUGGGACUUACAUGGGUAGACCUCUCAAGCGGCGAUUUUUUCACCCAACGCACAGAGCUAUCUUCCCUUGGCUCCGUCAUUGCUCGCGUAGGAGCCCGUGAAAUCGUGCUAGAUUCUAGCUUUGAACGAGUUGAUCGAUCUCAGCUAGAUCGACUCUUGGGUGAUGGGGGUCAUGCUGUGACAUAUCACACCCCGGACCUAGAUUUUGCCUCCAUUGAACACUGGGCUCCUAUGUUAGAAAAGCCUGUCUCCAAAGAAGAGUCGAACACUUUCUCUACACAAGAGGUACUGGCAGGGUCACUGCUACUAGAUUACGUCAAAGGCAGGUUGCUCGAGUUGAACGUUUCUCUGAGAUGUCCUAUCCGCCGCAAUCAGAGUGAUUAUAUGAGCAUCGACAAACAAACCUUGAAAGCUCUGGAGAUCCGGUCCACUCUUCGAGACGGACUUUUCCAGGGCAGUCUGCUACAUGCGAUUCGGCGAACAACGACCAAGAGUGGUGCCAGAUUACUGAGUCAGAGGCUAGUAUCACCAUCCAUGUCACUUUCAGAGAUCAAUAGUCGCUUAAAUCUGGUAUCGGAGCUGCUGGAGCACGAUCAGGUGCGCGAGGAGACUAUGUCUGCGCUAACAAGAACGACAGAUGUUCUGCGGCUCUUGCAGAGAUUCUCGAUUGGCAAAGGAGAUGCCGAUGAUCUUCUGGCUCUUGCCAAAACGAUACAGAUCGUCAGCCAGAUUGUGAAUAUGAUGAACACACAUCUGCCGUCAAAGAAGAGUGCUAUGGACUCUCUUCCGUUGAGGGCGUUAGUAGAUCGCCUCGACUUGGAUGGUCCUUCAAAGCUGGCGACUCGAAUCUUGGAUGCAAUUGAUGAGGAAGGCUUAUCUCAACAGCACAUGGCAGAGGAGGCAGAAGCAGUGGGCGUUGUGGAACUUGCAGAACAGAUUGCUGAAGUGGAAGAUCCCAAGACCAAAGCAGGGAAACGUGGUAAAGCUAGUGCUCAAAAGGCUGCGGUACCUGCAGAACUCAAUGCUGGAGAGUUCUGGAUCAUGCGUAGAAGUGCCAGUACGACCUUACUGACGGGACAUGAGAAUCUCGACGGUGUCGUGGAGGAAAAAGCACAACUCUUCGAACGUUUACGAGCAGAAAUAGGUAACACCUUGGCCCUAAAGUGGACUCCACAGCUAGGACAUUUCUGUCACGUCAGAGGCAAAGAUGUUCGGGCGGAGAUCCCAGAUGCUAGAAACGUCAGCUCCUCGAAAAGUACCAGGGCUUUCUAUCUUCCAGAUUGGUCGCAUCUAGGGUCGCGAUUGGAAGAUGCAAAGUUGCGUAUCCGCACAGAAGAGCAGAGAGUCCUCAAUGAUCUCCGCAAGCGGGUGAUCGAAAACCUGGUCAAGCUUAGGCGCAAUGCCAGUAUUCUUGACGAGCUGGAUGUUGCGUGCUCAUCAGCGGUCAUGGCAAGAGAAAGGGAUCUGGUGAGGCCCAUACUGCACUCUGGCACAACGUCUAAGAUUGUUGGCGGUCGUCAUCCGAUGGUAGAUAUGGGCUUGCAAGAACAGGGUCGGCUGUUUACUGCUAAUGACUGUGCCGUUGGCGGAGAUGAAAGUAUUCUAUUGAUUACAGGACCUAAUAUGGCAGGCAAGAGUACCUUUCUCAGGCAAAACGCCUUGAUCACCAUCCUAGCCCAGACCGGUUGCUUUGUUCCCGCAGAUUAUGCAGAGUUAGGGCUCGUGGACAAGAUCUUCAGCAGAGUGGGCUCAGCGGAUAACUUGUACAACCACCAGUCGACUUUCAUGGUGGAGAUGCUCGAGGUCGCCGAUAUCCUCAACCAAGCAACUUCACACUCAUUCAUCAUCAUGGACGAAGUUGGUCGAGGAACCACUCCAGAAGAUGGCGUUGCUGUGGGAUAUGCUUGUCUGCAUCACCUGCACAACACAACCCGAUGCCGUACACUGUUCGCGACACAUUUCCACUCACUGGUCGACAUGACGAAGAGCUUUGACCAUCUUGCCUGUCACUGUACGGAUGUCGCAGAGGAGGAAGAUGGCUCAUGGGUCUACGUGCACAAGCUCCGGCAGGGAGUCAACAGAAGCUCGCAUGCCUUGAAGGUCGCUAAGCUUGCUGGUCUACCUGAUACAGCUAUCGCCGUGGCCAAAAGUGUCCUAGACGAGUUUGAGCGCGAGAGAGAAAGUGCAUCAUAG